UGGCCAUGGCAACUAGCACAUAGUCGCGAGCGUAGCUAGCCACAAUUUGGUGAAGCGCGCUAGGGAUUUUCUUUCUUUUGUGCUCGAGCGCUAGAGGAGUGGGAAAUAUUUUCCCUUUGGCUAGGUUUUCUCGCGGGGACGAUCCGGCGCGCCUUGGUGGAUUUCAUGAGAAGCGCGCGCGAUCUCGGCAGCGUCGAUGAUGUCCAGCGCCUGGGGAUAUACGGAUUUGAGCAGCGGAGGAGUGCCUUGGCCACAGACCGGAAUCGCGGGCAAUCGUUGCGAUUGCGACAGCUUUGAUUCUCUCGAGCGUGAGAGGAAGAUUGGCGGCUGGGAUGAUGUCCCAUACGGCACAGGAGGGGGGUCUUUCCCUGCAGCAAAGGAGGUGGUGGUGGAUCAGGAAUGUCCGUCGUGGCCUCUCCGGCUUUGCUCGACUACAACGCAAGGCUUCCAAGGUGGGAUUGAGACGAGCAGGGAGUUCGAAGCACUCGUGUCAGUGCCGGAAUCGUUGACAGCUCGAUCGAGCUCCUCGAGCAGCAAUGUUGCGAGCACGAGCGCUGCUCGCUUCGACUCGUUUCUAGACGAGAAUGGCGAUGCCAGUGUGGCCUCAAGCUCUUGCCACUUUCCUUUGUCCGAGGAGUGCCUUGGACAAGCUCCCUCGUACAAAGAAGUGGCCGAUGGCUGGGACGCUAUCGGCUCCCUAGCCGACAUGGACGAUUUCCUGGGACACAAUCCACCAUUUGGGCAAGCCAACUCUUUGGAAGUCCAGAGCCAGAUGAUGCCGCCAGUGCCGAGAAUCUCUCCCGAAAGUUGCAAAAAGAAGUUGACCUUCGAGCAGCCUAUUCUUAUCCAGCAUGAGGCAACGUCUGCAAAAAGGUUGAAAACGCUAUCGCCAUGGAUCUCUGGAAAGCCUUCACAAAGACAUACGUUUCACCAGGAGUUUAACUCUCUGGCCUUGCCCGUCGUGGAGCCGCAGGGAACGGCGACCGCUAGCAGCAUCGAGCACCUGCUUCUGCUCCAAAGGGCCAUGAACUACAAUGGCGCCAUCCAAGCUUCCAACUCGGUGCUCGGUGGGGCAUAUAACUACGCGGCACCGCCUGCUUUUGGAGACGGCUCUCUGGAGGCCUCCGUACUCUACCAACUUGGGUGCACAAUGUCCAAGCUAGACGUCAGCACAAGGCUUUGCAUCCGAAACGCUCUCUACCGUCUCGCCACGAGUGCCUGCCACAGAAGCGGAGACGAGGGCGCGAGCUCCAUCGAAUCUUCUGCCAAGAGGCCCGGUGGCAUUCCCUGCUUGGAGACAUGCACGAAUCCAAUCGACCGCACGGUGGCAAGCCUGCUGUUUUACAAGCCGGAAGCAGACACUACUCAAGACGGGUCCGUGUCUCCACAGUCGACGGUGGUCUCAUCAGAAGGCUCCUGGAUCCAGCAGCCAGUGGCAAUGGCAGGCGUCACACCGCAAGCCACACUUCCGCGCUGCGCUGGCUACUUCGCGCGAGGGGUUUAAGGACACUCCGCGCGAGGGGUUUAAG